AUGUACAUAACUGCUGCUGUAGUCAUAUUGAGCUGUGCGCUAUAUGCGGCUGCAGAACAAGGUGCCGUGACUACAAGCAUCGGUGCGAUAACUGUUUCCCCGACGCCCUCUUUACCGACUGGAACUGUCCCUACUGUUGAUCCUGCUUUUGCAGGGUUUGCUUUCGAGGCCAGAUCGUUCUGGUACUAUGCCGGACCGGAUGGCAAACCUAACAAAUUCUCUCAGAACCUAGUACAGGCGAUCACGAACAAGACAAAGACCACUCCUAUCAUUCGGGUUGGCGGAACUUCAUUAGAUAACUCAUUCGGGUACGAUCCAAAUCAAGAGGAGCCAAUCAUCCCACCCAAUUCUACUUCGGGAAUUCCGAGGGACCUGACCUUCGGACCAUCUUACUUGAGUGCUUUCGCCAAUUUCCCAGAAGCAAGAUAUAUCCUUGACGUCCCUUUCGCCAAAGAGAAUCAUAGCAAUUCGUUACUCUUUAUCGAAGAGGCCUCUCGCAUCAUUGGGUCAGAAAAGAUCUUCGCAAUUGAACUGGGCAAUGAAGUCAACCUGUACCCGGGGGGCAACAGACCAGGAGACUGGAACAUUUCAGACUAUGUCUCACAGUGGACAAAGUGGACGAGUGAUAUCGACAAGAGCCUCAAUAUGACCGACAAGACUAAAAUCUGGCAAGCAGCCGCCAUUUCUGCAAUGACUACGAACUCGCUUCUUCCAAACUUCAAGCCAAACAACCCAUGGGAGAUUCCGAGUAUCUUCGACCAAGCCGGACUCGUCAAGGAAGCUCCCCGUAUCAAGUCAGCUUCUAUCCAUUACUAUCAAACUAAAGUUGACGAAAAUACCACCUUGCAAUCGGACAUUAUGAACCACACCGCCAUAACGGUAGGCUCGAAGAAAAUCAGCGAGGCUGCAAGCUACCUGAAUAAUCUCAACGACCGUAUUCCUCUCGCCCUCGCCGAGGUUGGAAGCUCUCUCGGCAAUGGUUCCAGCAAUGCAAACCUCCAGGCGGUAUUGGGCUCGGCACUGUGGCAGGCCGAUUUCAUGCUGCAGCAAAUGUCCAUUGGCGUCAACAAAAUCAAUUCCCAGUCUGGUGUGGUAUUUGACUUUUCGUUGUGGAGUGUUAAUUUCUCAACGCCAUCGCAACCUAGAAAUGAUUCAGUCCUCGCGCCAUUCUACGGACAGAUCUUUGCCGCUGAAUUCAUUGGCUCGCGUGGAUCCGUUCAGGUGAAGGAGCUGGAACUUAAGGGUGUCGAAUCCGAUGUCCUCUCCGCGUAUGGCUCGUACGAAAGUGGCAAGCUGGCCAAAGUUGCCGUUGUGAAUAUGCAGUUCUGGAGUGGAAAAUCUGAUUGUUCAUCGUCGCAAUCAUCGUCCUCGCGGCCUGUACAGAAUGUCGUGAUUUCUGUGCCAGCGAACGUGAAAUCGGCGCAAUUCAAAACCCUCACGAGUCCAUGCGGCGCAGAUGCAUAUGCAAAUGAAGGUAUCACCUGGGGAGGCAUGAGUUGGAACACUGAUGAAAAUGACGGGGUCGGGAAACAGGUCAUGAGCGACCAUGAGAGUGUGCGGAGCGUCCUGGCUACCAAUAGAACGAUUCGUGUUCCAGUGGCGGCGAGCGAAGCAGUUAUGAUUUACUUGGAGGAAUAG